AUGGCUACCGAGGCAUCACCAACACCCACAUCGUCUGCUCACAGGGCCGGCGGUGUGCAGCAUCGAGCAUCCAGGUCCUCUCUUUUGCGACAAGAGCCGGGCCGCAACUCACCUGCGACGCGCCACACACGAUUUGCGGAUGAGCAUAUUUCAGAUCCCAAAAAUUAUGAUGGAGACAGUUCAGACGACGAACCGGUUCCAGGACCCAAGUUCAGUGCUUCGGUAAAGGCAUUGUUGAAGGGAGAUGUUGGAGAGGGUUCAACAUCGCGAGAGACCAGUGCAAAGCGACUCAGUAUUGCUGCCAGAGACUUUGCAUCUGUGCGACCGGAGAGACACGUUCGAGUGGCUUCUCCGCAUGAUUCGUCAACUGGCAGUCCUGCUCCGCGGAUUGUCCGGGUUGGAUCUGUAAGACUACCAUCAUCGAAGCCUGAGAGCUCCAACUCCGAGGAACAAAGCUACAUGAAAGACUUGAUUACGCCGGCACCACGAACGCGUAGCGUUCGUAUCACCGGGUCAAGAAGCACUACCCGUUCACCACUAUCAAACUCGCCAAGCCACAGGUCGACUAACGAAGAAGGUCUGAGUGGGCAAAAGUCUGCAGAAGCUUUGAGCAAUGAAAGGCGAUCGAUGUUAGAAGACGACUAUGCGCCUCGCUUAGGUGCUUCUUCGGUAUUGAGAAGUCGCGCUGGGGAAGAAACCGGCAUGCAUAGCUCUCUUCGUGUAAAGCGCGUCGGCAGACUGACGGGCAGUUUUCUUAAUGGCCCUGCUAGACGUGGAGUACUACGCAGGCAAAGUGAAGAAGUAGACGAGAACCACCAGUCCGACAGACACACUCCAGAAAGAGAGAUGCGAGAAAGUUCUCCACGAUACGCACAAGAGGAAAACGGGGGUUCCAGCCGUCUUGCCAGAACAACGUCUUCACCAAAACUGUCGUGGAUAGACUCCGAUCCACGAAUCUUGGAAAAACCUGCACCGGCUGCACCUCGUGUGAUUGACAUGCCUUUCUCUCGGCCGGCUUCGCCAAAGUCUUCUCAUUCUAGAUCAACUCCUGGAACCACGGAAGGUUCCGAGAGCGAUCAACCUCAAUACCGCGUUCCCCCUCCAGCUCUACCAUCUACUCAAGAUCAAGAGAACGAUCCUCCACCAACAUUCAAAAGAGUCAAACCAUCCGGUCUCAGUCUUCUGGACAAGCCUGAGAAGUAUGCGGUCAUUUAUGACGAUGAUAAUAAGGAACGCGAACUGCCACCCGCAACAGUUUCACCGCGGAAGCCGCUCACAUCACGAAGCAACAACACUCCACGUACCGUAGCUCCACCACCACCUAAGAUGUCUGUUUUGGAGACUGCCACAGCGACAGGAGGCGCAGCAACAACGACGUCGCAAUCCCGAAAGAAGCGCAGCCAAGUGACAAUCAACCACAAAGCUUUCACUCGCAUGGAUUGUAUUGGGCGUGGAGGUACCUCUCGUGUCUACCGUGUGAUGGCCGAAAACUACAAGAUAUUUGCUUUGAAGCGAGUUAAUUUGGAAGAUGUCGAUCGUGUUACUCUAGCGGGUUACAAAGGAGAGAUUGAUUUGUUGAAGCGAUUGGAGAACGUUGAUCGAGUCGUGCGUCUUUUCGAUUGGGAAGUCAACAUGGAGAAACAUACUUUGAGCGUGCUUAUGGAAAUUGGAGAAUCCGAUUUGGAAAAGAUUUUGACAUAUCGACUAAAUGCGGAGGACGCUGUGUUUGAUUCCAGUUUCACUCGUUUCUAUUGGAAGGAGAUGUUGGAGUGUGUGCAAGCUGUGCACAACUAUAAUAUCGUUCAUUCGGAUCUCAAACCGGCAAACUUCCUGCUGGUCCAGGGACGGCUGAAACUCAUUGAUUUUGGUAUUGCCAAUGCGAUCUCUGACGACACCGUCAAUGUGCAUCGGGAGCAACAAGUUGGCACACCGAACUACAUGUCACCCGAGGCCCUCAUCGACUCAAACGCAGCAUCCGGACUACCAGCCAGCGUUGGUAAAAUGAUGAAACUCGGCAAACCAAGCGACGUGUGGAGUCUGGGCUGUAUCUUGUACAAAAUGGUCUAUGGACAGCCACCAUUUGCGCGAAUCGCCAAAUACUACGAACGACUUAUGGCUAUACCAAACCCGAAAAUCCCCAUUGAAUUUCCUCAAUUUGCAAUCGGCGGCAAGACUGUUCCACCUGGUCUGAUGCGAACGAUGAAACGGUGCUUACAGCGCGAUCAAACCCUCCGUCCUACGACUGAAGAGUUACUCAGCGAUCGUGACCCGUUCUUGUAUCCCGAAGCUCAGCUAGAGGGCACCGUCCCCGUGACGCAAGAAAUGAUUGCUCGUAUACUGACCAAUGUGGUGAAUCACUGUCGCGUUCGUGGCGUGCCCAAAGAGGAAGAGUUGGCAGGAUGGCCGGCAGGGUUCUUCACCAAGAUCAAAGCUGCGGUUGAGGAGGAGCAUAAAUAG